AUGCAAGGGACAACGUGUGAAAAUUUAUUGAGUAAACCAAAAUCUUUGGUGUAUUGCGGAUGUUUGUUUGAUGAGAGAACUAGAGCAAGACUCGAAAGAGAAAAUCAAGAAACUUGGAAGGCAGGAAGCUCAAAAAGAUGAAAAACUGAAAGAAGAUCUCAAAUUUACAAAAUGGUCGAAACUGAAGAUACUUCGACAGAGGAGAGAAAGUAAAGAAUGGGAAGAAUAUUCGAAUCGAUAUAAAAAGUGGAUUUUUUGUACAGCUUUGAUUAAAUUCAAGAUAUUGAAGUACGAACGAGAAAGAAAAAAACAGCUGAAGCUUCGUCAAGAGAGGAUGAUAAAAAUCAUCGCGAAGAUCACUCAAGAAAUGAACAAUGAUAUUCGUUUGCGGAAGAAAGCAAGAGAUAUCUGUUUAAAGAGAUUGAAAUUAGAAGAUGUCAGCGAGAAGAUUCAUAGCGAGGAAUCUCUGAUUGUGGAAGAAAGUGUUCCAGAGAUUGAUAAAAAGAAUGGCAAAAUCGAAGAUUCAACAGUCAAAGACUUGAAACUCGAGGAAAGUAGAAAAGAUGUUGAAAAUGAAAAAGGAAAGGAUAUCGCAGAAGGUAAACGUGAAUCCGAAAAAUUCGUAAUGAAAGGAUCCAAAUCAUCGAUGGAACAAGUUUUCGAAAGAGACACUUGCUUCUUUGCAAUUCCAUACGUCGUCACUUUUGAGGAUUUCGAAGUAAAUAAAAAGUAUUCUCGCAAAGUGAUAAUCAGAAACAAAGCAGCAAAUUGGGCAUAUUUACGAUUCCAUAAAGUUUACACAGAAAUAUGGGAGCCUGGAGUUAUCGAGGUCGACACCAUGGACGCUGCGAAACUUAAACCCGGGCUAGACGUAACAGUCAACGUAAAAUUUUCACCAAUUUACGAGGAAGAAGUGACAGGAGAAAUUUCAUUUCUCACUCUGAGUGCAGAACAUCCAGAAACUUUCCAUGAAUUUCGUGUGUCUGUUCGUUGCACCCCGCAAAGUGCUAUACCUGUUUUGAACCCUAAAGAACUUAGAUUUCCCUCAGCUCCAAUUUGGGGAUACAACGACGUAAAAUUCAAUGAAAGAGUUCUGGCUGUUUCAAACGAUGGUAGAAAAUCUUUCUCCCUCGUAAUUGAAGAAAGAAACGAUCGUGAUCAUUCUUUCUUAUGGCGUUUCGAUCAGGCAGAUAUUCAAAGUUUAACAUCGUCCGUUUCAUGCUUCAAUGAAAAUGAAAAUGAUCAAAGAAAUAUAGAGAAUAACGGAAAUACAUCAGGCAAACAAAAAUCUCGAAAAAAGUAUCAAAUUGAAGUGCCUCCGAAAUUCAAGUGCCAUUUAAAAAUCACAUUUCGACCGAAAUAUGUAGGUCUUCAUCACGAGAUGUUGGAGAUUUGUUUUUUGACUGACGAUAGAACGCUUGGACAACUGAGCGUUCCUAUUUGGGCAGAGGUGACUGGCUAUAAAAUCUAUUUAGAUCCACCGUGUAUUGAUUUGGGCAUUGUAAUGAUCGAUUCUGACGUUUGCCAACAGUCUUUUGACAUUGUUAAUAAUGGACGUUCUCCAGUGAAUGUUCUAAUGAAAAUUCCAAAGAAUUUGAGCAAUCAAGUGUCAGUUUAUCCAAAAUCGACGGUCGUGCAGUCUGAAUCGGGUUCGAAGAUUAAUGUGAGAUUGAUACCUAAAUCGAGUAUCGUUGAAGCCUCUAAAAGCUUCUAUGAUCCAAUAUCUAACAUGUUAGAGUUUCCAAUACAAGUACAAAUUAUGUCUCAAGAAAAACCACCGCCGCUGAUACUGAAAGUACUUGCUACUUUAACUACAAGUCAUGAUCUUAUAUUAGAACCAGAAUACGUCGAGCUGGGAUACGUCCACACACACGAAUCCGUUUAUACAGAAUUAUCACUUACUAACGAGUCUCUACUAAUUCAAGAAUACGUAUUUAUAGAUCUACCUUCAUCUAUGGAAAUACAGCCAAACCAUGGUUUUGGUGCCAUUCUUCCUGGAGAAACUAUCAAACUUCAUUUGAUUUACUCUCCAUGUUUGACAGAUAUUCCUAGCAAUGAAAUUAGAGCAAAUGGAUUGAGUGUACAAGUAGUCACUUUGGCAAAGCUAGCUGGAAACAAGGGACAAAUAAUAUUGAAUAAAUUGAAGAAUGAGAUAAAUACGCAGUCAACACUGAGAAGUCGUGGAUUUCCAUAUCCGGUCCCUGUGAAUCUCAAAACACCUAAAGUAAUACGUCGAACGAUUGAUCAGAACGAGGGUGAUCUUGAAAAGCAGUUAAAUAAUAACACCGUGAUAAAUCAGGGGGAUGAAGAUGACAAGGAAGAAAUUUCAGACAUUUCGAUAGGAAACUCUGAUCGUGUGGAUAGAAGGAAGGAGAAAAAUUCCAUAGAAAUCUAUGCGUACAUUAUAGAUACUUUCUGCGAGCUGAGUGAGCAAAUUAUAGAAUUUCCCCCGACCGCUUGUGGUUCGUUUUCAAUGGCUUCAGUGCACCUGAGAGGAUACAACAUGGCUUCUUACCCUCAUUGCACCUGUGGAAUAAUAAAAAAUCAGCAUAAAGAAUUUACAGCUCGUUAUCAGUUUAAGAGUUCUUCCGAUAGAAUCAAGAUUAUACCACAGUCUGGUGUAUUGAACAAUAAUGAACUUAUUGAGAUCAAUUUUAUGUUUAAACCAAGAUUACCGAAAAGUGUGAUUUUCGAAGAGGGCCUUAGAUUGAAAAUGAACGACGAAGAGCGAGGAACGAAGAACGAGAAAGUCAACAAAUCAACGAAGAAAGGUACUUUUAUCAACGCUGUAAUCGAGUGCCAUUUUCAUGUUAAAACUGGCGAAAUUAGUUUACUGGAAAGUUUUGAGCCUUGUAUUUCCACGAUUUUUGUAACAUGCACGAUCGAUUUAGAAGAAACGAAGAAUGGAAGGAAACACGAGGAGCUACUUUUCGCAAAAUUAAUUUGUCCUAUUGCUAGACCUGAAAUUCUAAUAUUGAACGAGGAUCGAGAAAUUGCUUUUGGACCGACGGCGAUUGGUACAUCUUCCAGAAAAUUUCUCUUCGUUAAAAAUAUUUCCAAUCAAAGCGUGAAAGUCAACGUGAAUCUAUUAGAUCCAUUCGGACCAUUUUUCGUGCCUCCUGGAAGAACAAUCGAAACCGGAUCGAUUUUGAAGCUACCAGUUACAUAUCAACCACGUGAAAAUCACGAAGAAGAAGUGAGCCUAUUUUCAAAUCUAAUCUCUUAUUUAAUAUAACAAAAGAAAAAGGAUUAAAAAGCGUUAUAAGUAGGAAUGAUAAUAAAAUUUGUUCGUGGUGCUUUGCUCUUGAAGACAGAAGUCCAUCCAUUCCCUUUUAUAGUCCUGGUAUCUUUGAUUUUGUAUCUUCCUGGGCCAGGUUGAAUUUCCCAUGGAGCUGGCCAAAUAAACUCGACGUUUGUGCCGAAAGGAUAAUUUUUCAUAUUUCUUGGUUUCCUUGGUGACUUUGGAUCAUAAUGGCCAGGUCCUGGUUCCUUUGGAUCCUUGUAGCAUAAUGCUAUAUUUUUCAACACCAUUCUGCUACCUGACACCUUUGGAAAUCUAUCAAAAGAUCGUUAUUCAUCUUUCGGUUGUUACAAAAAUUAGAACUAUUCUAAAAGAGAAACAGAAAUUUAAUUCUUUUUUUAGUCUUAGAUAUUUUAUUUCCUAAGAAAUUUUAACUCUCUCUCUCAAUUAUCUGACAAAUUUUUGCACGCUGAUUAUGUGCAAUAUUAUAUAUUAAUAUAAAAUUGACAUUAAAAGUAAAUUUUAUAAAGAUUGCCUCGUGCAAACAGUAUAAUCAUCGUCUUGUCAAAAAAUGAUUCGUAAUUUAACAGGUAAUUUGUCACUAUAAAAAUUAGAAUUCAUUUCGAUAUAAUUGAAAUGUAAUUUUAUCCCUCUUUUCAAUAUUUUCCAAAUUUCAUAGUUGAGGAUAAUCGACGUUAAUAAGAAUUUAAUAAGAAUACCUUGGACAAGUGCUCCAACGUCCUUUAUAAUAAUUUGAUUUACACAACAGUUUGCCCAUUUCUCCUGGCAAUGAUGUAGGCCAGUCCCCACGAUCUUCCAAUUUUACAGUUGCAAAAUAACCUUUGAUUGUACUUUCGUCUCUCGGCCCUGAAGACAAUUGAACCAGAUGAUGUAGACAAUUUAAAAUACGUAAUAUGCUUCUUAAAUAACCUGUGAACAAGUCGUAAGGUCCCCUUUUCCCAGCAAACUUCUGCAAACAGGCAUUCAGAGAUUUUGAAUCGUUCACGUCGUACCUGUCGAAGGAAAUCAUUUAUCAUGUACAAAUUUCCAUAUUGUUGAUAGAUAAAUAGAUCGUAGAUAUUUAUAGAAAUUUAUAUUUUUAAAUAACAAAAAUGAAGGCCCUUUUUAUUAAAUAUUAGCGUGAAUAUUUUACAUUUUUUGUGGAAUUUUAAUGGAUUUGUAUAUCUUGUAUUUUUAUAAAAUUUCUGUUAAUCUAGAUAUUUCUCAUUCUAAUCUAUCUUUACAUCCUGAGUUCGUUUCUUUCAAAAACAGUUUUACAUCACCUAAUGGGUGAAAAAGUAAAAAUAACAUUUUCUAAAAAUAUUAAAAAAUUUUUUCACUAGAUUUAUCAUGAUUUUGCAAUCUCCUCUUUACAAGAACUUCGUAAAACAAUUUGUAUAAUUUUAUUGUACAUGAAAUAUUAGAAACGACAAAAAUUCAAGAAAUCUCAACACUUUGUCAUCCAAUGUUUGGUUCAAUUAUGUUUCUCACUCUGUGUUCUGAACAUUUCAAAAAUUAACUAAAAUAGAAAAUUACGAACAAAUUACAAGGCAGCAUCCAAGGCUUAGCCACAAUGCGAAAUCUAGGCUGCAGGCCAUCGUAUUCAAAAGUUGGAACCGAAGAGUGUCCUUCUCGUUUUCUUUUAUCAAUGUAGUAAUACGGACACUUCCUUGUAUAUCCUGAAACAAACAAUCAAAAAUGUUAGUAAAAUUCGUCUAUGAAACUUCAUCUACAAAGAUGAUAAUUUCGAAUCAUUCGCCUGGCCCUGGAGUCGUCGAUGGCCAAGCAGGUUCGAAGAGAGGAACAGUUCCAAAUCCAACAUCUCUUUUAACGGUCUUGCAAGCAUUGUCCAAGAUGAUCUCAGGCCAUCCAGGUAUUUCGUGAGUUCCUGGACCACGUCCUGUUUUCACCAAGUAUCGUUGAGUCGCAUAUUUCUCCAACUUUCCUCCCAUGUCCUUUGAGAAUUCUUCAGUCUCCAAUUCCCUCUUCCAACUAAUUUUUCGAAUUGAGCAAGUUUGUUUGGUUUUAUAAAUUAUGAUAUGAGUUAUUUAACACAUUCGCUGCUAUAGUGUAUUUAUGUAAGAUAUCCAAAUUAUUUAUGUUUACAAGUGUUCAUAAGUAUUCGAACGAUGAAGAGUUUUGCAUUUUAUUUUGUUUUUAAUAAUAAUAAGAAUCUUUUAUUAUUUUUUACACACAAGAUCUUUUAGAACCAUAGAAUAUAAACCAGACUUAGAAUCAUGAAUGUCAUUUAAAUAUCUUUUGAAAUGGUAUUAAAAUAAAAUUCGAUGGAUUUUUUGAAAAGCUGGAUAUUUUUAUUACAUUAUGUAUCUGUCUUGCCAUGUAUCUACUUUAAAUCCAAAUUAAAUUAAGGUAUAGGAAUAUAUAAGAUAAUAAAAAUAUUAUGAAUAUGAAUUAACAAAUAAAUAUUAUAUUUGUUUAUCGUCAAAUACAAUUCUAUUUAUAAUUAAUACAAUUACAUUAUAUUUAUAAUUUAUAAUAUAACAUUAUAUAUUAUGUUACAAUAUAAUAUAAUUGUAUUUUCUUAUCAUUUAUCUCUUAAACUUUCUUUAAGACGUCACUGUAUAUUCAAUUAAUUAAAUCUAUCUCAAAUCUAAAUUAUUUAAUUUAUUUACUGAAAUCGGUUUCGAAUAAUUACGAGAUGUAUUUAAUAUAUUAUACUUUAAUUAUAAACAGCAGAUAUCUGAAAUUUAUUUAUAUUCUUUAAUGAAACACGCCAAUUAAGAGAGAGCUAACAGCGAACGUGUUAAUUCUUGAUAACAUUAUUUGAUAGUAAUAUUAAAUAUAGCUACUUAGUAAUGUUGAGCUUGCAUUUAGGAACCAUGGGAUCGUACGAUCCUACAGCUGGCGACUCUGUAUUGCUGGUAUAGAAUUUUGGAUGUAAUCCAAUGUGUGCGUCGCGUUUUGAUCCGAUGCCAAAUGGCGGGCCAGGUUUCUUUAUACGUGGAAUUAGGUAUUGGCGUCGCCAUUUACACGCGCAUCGACAGAUUUUGUAGGACUGCGUCUUCGUGCCGCAAGACAUCGCGAUUUUUUUCAACUGAUCUUCACGAAUUCCUAUCCUGAACAUCAUCCGCAAUCACAUGAAAAUUUCUCCUUCUACAAUUAGUUAUUUAUUUAUUCAAAUACUAUAUGUUCGUAAUGUAUAUCUUUUUGACACAUUAUUUUAAAUAGAGAUUUAUUUCACUUACUGAAAAUUAUAAAGAUAUCGUAUUUUAUAUAUUAUGCAAUAAAUUUUCGAUGAAAUCCAUAGUCUAGUGACAACUAUCUUUUUCUGAUAAUUUAGCUUCUCUGCUUAUUGAUUCUCCUUACCUAAAAACUAUUUUUUUGAUAUUCGUGUUUUUUUCUUUUUUCAACUUAAUUAAUAGUAAUUGAAGGGAAAAUGAUAUAUUUAUAUCAUAUAUUAUAUAUGUACAAUAAUUAUUAUAUUCUAGGUAACCAUAGGAUAAUUUAAAAAACUAAAGUAUUGAAUAAAGAGAAAAAUCUUAUUUUGCUUUUGGAUAAUAAAGUAAUAACAGAACUAAAAAAAAAGAGAAAAUAAAAAUAAAAAGUAAAAAUCAAGUAAUGUAAAAAAUAAUACCAUUAGGUCAAAUCUAACACAGUCCAACACCUAAUCACAUUGCAACGAUAAGAAAAGACUUUUAAUUGUAGAAAUUGAUAAUUGUAAGGUUAAUAGAGUUUCUUCCACAAUUGCAACUAGAUUCAUAUAAUAUUUAUCGAUAUAUCUAAAGAGCUUGUAAUUAGAUUAUACCCAACAAUAUUACGUUUUAUUGAAUUUAUUCAUUAAAAUAGAUUAGAUAUUUAUGCAUUUUUAAAAAUAUUUUUAGUUAUAAUACAACAUGUAAAAAUAUAUCAAACAUUCAACGCAGAAUAAUUUAUUUAAUAAAUGACAAAAAAUUCUAGUUAAAUAUUUAUACAAAACGUAUAAACAUCUGCAGUUUAAUUAUAUAAUUAGAUAAUAAUUGUUUAAAUAUAUUAUAAUAUUUAAUUUAUUACAUUAUUAUAAUAUAUUAAUAAUAUAUUAUUAACAUUUAAUUUAAUUUAUUUAUAUUAUUAUAAUAUUACAAUAUAUUAAUAAUAUAUUAUUAAUAUGAUUUAUUAAAUUUAAUCUGAUAUUCAAUUUGAUUAUAAUAGCGAUAAAUAAUGAUAAAAGAAAUUAAUGUUUACUAGAAUACAGAAUAUUUCGAGGUAUUCAGCUCCAAAAGAAGAACGAGAUGGAGCGUGA